CCAUCUGGCUGAGCUGGUUUGUUAUAAUCAGCAGAUUAUGUUCACAGGGCUCAGAGUUUAAGGCUCCUCUCCCAUAGAGCAACUCUCCACAACCCAAGCAGACCAACUUUGGGACUUUGAAUGAACAUAUUUACAUCCACCUUUCUCUUCAUGUCGACUUUUCUGGAAACAUUCACACGGAUGCCAUGGUUACUCCUACCACGAUCUUACAGGUGAACAAGGUGAUGUCCAUCUUGUUUUAUGUGAUAUUUCUCACUUACCUUCGUGGCAUCCAAUCUUCCAACAUGGAUCAAAGGAGUUUGCCAGAAGAUUCGAUAAAUUCUCUUAUUAUUAAACUCAUUCAGGCAGACAUUUUAAAAAACAAGCUUUCUAAGCAGAUGGUAGACAUUAAGGAAAACUAUCAAAACACGGUACAGAAAACAGACACUCAGCAAUACAUAGACAGAGAGGAAAAUGUGAAAUCAGACUUCCAGCCAGUUAUCUCAGUGGAUACAGAUCUCUUGAGGCAGCAGAGACGCUACAACUCUCCCCGAGUCCUUCUGAGUGACAACACGCCGCUGGAGCCACCACCACUGUACCUCAUGGAGGACUACAUCGGGAAUUCUGUGGUGGUGAACAGAACCUCCCGGCGGAAGAGGUAUGCAGAGCACAGGGGCCACCGGGGUGAAUACUCCGUUUGUGACAGUGAAAGCUUGUGGGUCACGGACAAAUCCUCUGCCAUUGACAUCAGGGGACACCAGGUGACUGUUCUGGGAGAAAUUAAAACGGGCAACUCUCCAGUUAAGCAAUACUUUUAUGAAACGAGGUGUAAAGAGGCCAAGCCUGUAAAAAACGGCUGCCGUGGCAUUGAUGACAAGCACUGGAACUCCCAAUGCAAGACAUCCCAAACUUAUGUCAGAGCACUGACUUCAGAAAACAACAAACUGGUGGGCUGGAGGUGGAUACGGAUAGACACCUCCUGCGUGUGUGCCUUGUCCAGGAAAAUAGGAAGAACAUAGAUCUGCAUCUCUUUGCUAUAUAAAUUAUUACUUUAAAUUAUAUGAUACGCAUGUAGCAUAUAAAUGUUUAUAUUGUUUUAUAUAUAAGUUGACCUUAUUUAUUAAACUUCAGCAAAUCUACAGUAUCUAAGCUUUCUCUCUCAAUAAACAAGAGCAAAGGGUGUGUGCCUCUACUGCGGCCAACUCUGGGGUUUUUUAGACUAUGUUUGUGACACUGCUUGUUCGCAGCAUACCUUUACCUUCCUGUAAAAUCUGUAAAAUCAGUAUUUUUCAUUCAGUAUUGUCAAACCAGUGACUGUCAUUUAGUAAACUUGUAAAGAAUCAGAUCAAUCCCGAGAGUUGUGUACAUAUUUAUAUUCCCUGCUCUAUACAUUCAUAUUUAAUUGGGUCUGCAGUGUUGACUCCUCACCACCAAAAAAAAAAAAAAAAAAAAAAAAAAAAAAAAAAAAAAAAAGGACCAAAAUACAUGUUGUAGCCUGCAGAUGAUGUCAAAUUUUCAGGCAUCAGGUGUCCCUAAAAUAAAGUUUCUGUGUACUACUCCAGUUUUGCCGGUGAAAUGACCAUUUUCCCUCUGUUAGCAAUUCAGAGUGGCUGCUAGUAAUCCAGAAAUAUCCAUUUGUGUUUAGGAAGCACAUUUGUUUUGCAACUGUCUCUAAUGCUGUCAGUGCAUUAUUGAAAAAAUAUGGAAAAAACCUGAAAUAUUUGUAGCCAAAACUCGCUGAAGUCAAGAACUGAUCUAAAUGGAUCAUUAAUAUAAUAAAUAAAAGAUGGUUUGUUGUGAUCAGCCUCUUCCUCCUCACAUGAAUCAAUUAUCUUCUGCUUGCAUUGUUGGAUCAUACCUCUCUGUCUGAAUUUUUAAAUUAGAAACAAAGCUGGUGGUGUCUUAACCUUAAAAGAGUGCUUGCACAUUGUAGUAAAGAAAGAGACGAUAUCCUGGCAUGGAUAUCAAAGCCACAUACCAGCACGAUGGUUUCCUUCUCCUCAGCAAUCCGUUCUCCAUCUUUCACAGGGGGAAAAAUGUGUUGAACUGCUCCAGAAACCUGGUACCUUUCACAGGAAUGUGAAAUGGAUGGUGGCUAAAAUCCAUGAAGUCUGUAGUUAUACUGAAGUUCCCCAAUUAAACAUAUGAGUUGUUGCUUAGGAGAGACAAAUGUGCUAGCAUGUAUUUUCCUCAGACUCUUCUAUGGAUUGUCAUGUAGCUCCACUAGGGACAGGAAUAAUAACACUACUUGAAGAGAUGUCCCUUUACACAUUAGCUGUGCAAUGCCCUGGUUGGGAUCCCACUCCUAGGAAGCAAAUGAGAGUUCAUGGCUAGGAACAGAAUUCAGAUUGAGCUGCAUGUUAUCUGUGUCCAGAUAGAUCCAACCCACAGCCAGGACUGGGAAAUACCAGCUAUUCAGAAAGUUUUGCCCUCAUUAAUUUUCUGAGGGUUUUACAGGUAUAGCCUUUGCUGCCGUACCAUGUUUAGCAUCACAAAUGGAAAUGAGAUCAGAGCCCUCAAACAUGAGGCUGCAGGAUGCUUUGCUCGUGCAGCUUUCACUCCUGGAAAACCAGCUUCAAACAUGCAACAGGCCAUGAAGGGCAGCAAACUGUGGGGUCUCCCCUAAUCCAUUACAGAGCGCACUGCACACCAUAAAACCACCAGGGAACUGGACAGGUUGCCUUGAGGCCAAGCACUGAACAGUCCUGUCUUGGAAAGCCCAGUUUGAGCACAUGGGGAGGCCAGAAGCAAAGCUUUUGAGAACCAUCUCAAUUUCAGCAUGAGGCCAGGGUAGUUACCUAACAGGAAAUAUCAUCACUUUCAGCACUAAAUCCUAACUUUGCUUCAAGCAAUAACAACUUCAGAGGUUCAAUAGCAAGGCAGUCAUUAAAAUGAGAUGAUGUAAUAUAACAAGGAACUUGGUAUCUGAUAGAUCUGAUUAGAAUAUUUCUCAUUUCUUGGCAAAAAUUUUAAAAAGCAAAAAACCCAACCCCACAGAGCUUUUGCUACUUUUCCCAGUAGGAAAGUUUAAGUUUUAACUAACCGUUUUGGCCUGGGGGAAUAGGCAUAUUUUUCAGAGUUCUGCCACACUGAAUUUUUUUUUUAAAUUAAAAGCUUGAUUUUACACCCUGAGUUCCCAAAUAAAGAUCGUUUGCAGAUGUUGGGAGCAAUUGAGAGCUUUUAUAGUUAUGGAUGACUAACUUUAGAGAUCUCUGUUUCACUGCGCCACAUAGGUCUAUCUCCAUGUGAGAAGAGGAGGUAAGAAGAGAUCAGUUUAGCUUGGUUGAAUCCCAUUAAUCAGAAACUACCUUGUUCCUGCAGUGUGGAUGUCAAUUUUGUUUACAUAAAUCCAUCUCUCCAGAUUUUGUUACUGUAAAUCUAGAAAAAAUCUGUUGUAGACAGGGAAGAAAACAUAGCUUUAUAAUAAUGUAGACAACAUCAGAGUUGAUUCUAAUGCCUUUAUUUCUGCUCACUGAAAAUCAAGGGAGGUUCAUUCCUUAAUGGUUCAAAGAAAGCCAUUUGUCAUUUUCCACUGUAAAUCCAGUAACAGGAACUGGUCUUUGACUCUUGACUUUAACAAGUAUUUUAAAAGCAGCCAGCAAAAAUAUCUCAGAGUAAAUAUGCCUGUCAUCUCAAACACAUGAGAUGAGAAUGGAGCGUGGUGUGUACGGUUAUUAGACUGGCUGCCCCUUUCCCACCCCAGGAAAACAAUGAGUGGAAGUGUUACCCUCUGGAUCUGAUCCAGCUUCCACUAAAGUCAAUGGGGAGAAAAAAAAAAUCUCACCUUCUUUAGUGGAAUCUAGAUCAGGCCCCAAGUGAAGAAAACCUGCAGAUCUUGACCAGAGAGCAAAGCAAUCCCACACAUCAGUAACAUGUUCCUAUAAAUCCUGUGUACGCAUAAGAUGAUGUAUAAUUUUGUAACGAGUUUGUAAACAAAGCCUGUAAUAAAUUUGUUAAGGUCUAAUUCUCUUUUCACUGUAGCCAGGGAUGGUUUUAUUGUCGACUUUGGUCAUGGCACAAUGAAUUCGAAAUUCCUAUCCAACUUUUUUUUGUUUGUGUUCAGUAAUUAAACAAAAUAUUUAGCUCUCAACGCCAGUUUAAGCAGUCUAAAAAUCACUUCCAUUAGGCAGCUCAGAUGCUCUGUCAACAUUGUUUUGCCGAGAGAUCAUUAUAAAUGUACAUUUUAUUUAGAUUUUCUCCCAAAUGACCAACGGCUAUUCUGAAAUUGCCUGUCUGUGUCAAAAUGUAUUUUCUCUGCUUUUUCACCCUAGUUUUUUUUCCAGUCCAUUUAGUAACAGCAAAAAAUGCUCCUCUGAGGUUUUGGAAAACCAUCUGCACUUAUUUUAUCACCUUUGAACAUGUGUUCAGGAAUGAAGUCUGUGCAGAGAGUUUACUGCUACCAAGAGAUUUGUGUGGCUGCACCAGGAAGAAGCUUUGACUGGACUUUACAGAGUGUGUGCUCAAAACCACUCUGCUCAUACUCUGUUAUUUCGAUUCUUUAGCAACCAGAGGCUUUUGCAUUGUGUAUCUGCAGACAAUACCAAACAGGAAACGAGCCUGAUCGGGAGUUUAGAAAUUAAAAAUUUCAUGAUAAUGACCUGCUAUCUCUGACCUCUUGGCAAAUGCGUUUGGACAGCAAAGUCAAGCACAAGAACAUUUGUUUCAUUUAAUAGAAACAUUGUGGCAAAAGGAAUGGGAUUCUGUGCUCUCCACGCUUGCUAAGCAUGUGUAGUUCAUCAUGGAUAUGGGGCAGGACGACUAAGAGGAGUAGAAUCAGAUAAAAAGUACUACAGCUUGUGAGAAGUAAAAGACUGUGCCCAGCUUGGAGCAUUUUAACGUGUGGAGGGGUUGCUCUCUGAAAUUUGUCUGUAUUUUGUUACAGCAGAUGGCAGAAUGACAAAGCAAGCACAGAUGUGGUGUAAAAAAACCAAGCAAUAUAAGGAUAACAAAAAACUUCCUGGGAAAGUCGGCCACUCACUACCACUGUGGGUCCCUGCAGUUCUGGGCAGGUGACUGCAGAGUUCAGCAAUGACAUCCCUAAUUUAAUGGUUUAGCUAAUCUCUGUGGGGGAAAAAAAAUAAAAAAGAAGUCUUUUUUU